UGAGUGAGUGCGCGUCGAACGGGAACGUUUGCCGUUCGCUUUCGUUCGUUACGUUUUGCGUUGUGUUUUGUUUCGUCUCUCGUGUGUUUCGCUCGUCGUUGUGUGAGUGUCAAAGCGCCGACGGUUAAGCACAAAUCAAAUAAAGAAAUUCGCCCAGGCGAAUUACGCGUAAUUCGCCCUUUUUUUUGGCUGAUAACGCGUGCACUUUUCGCUUUUGCCGUCGCACAACUGCCAAAAAUAUCAACACAAAUAAGAGGCAUAAAUAAAAAUAAAAUUCUAUAAUUAAAAAUUGACAUACAUAUAUAAUAGAAAAUAAACACACACGUUGUUGACUCGUUCGAUUCUUGUUGUGCGGGGCAUGGCGACAACUGCGGCAAGUGCAGCCCCCACAAGGACCACAAGCAAGAUAACAACGGUAGCCACAUCCCAACUUGCCGCUCCAUCAUCUGCAACCGAUUAUACGCCCACAGCAGCAGCAACGGCAAUGACAUCGGCACAGGUGAUGCCCACUGUUAGUUUGCCCCUCGGCAUGCCAACGUUGCGUCUGCCGCCACAUUUGCCACCGCUGCUGGGCGGCGGCAUAGAUUAUGCGGCGAAAACUGCUGCACAGCCGACGGCAACUGGCGUUUCGCCCACACCCCCUACAGCUCUUACGCACAGCCACUGCUCGCCCAACUCGUUGGCUCCAGGCACACCACCCGCUCCCACGUUGGGUCUCUUUGGCGGUGGUGGUCCCGGGGCAGGCAGCGGCAAUGGACCUCCGGGAUCGGCUGCUGCAACUAAUCUGAGCGCCCUGGCCUCGCAGCAUCGGCUGCUGGAACUGUCACGCUUUGGACUGCGAGGAUACGAUCUGGCGCAGCAUAUGCUCUCCCAACAAGGCGCGGUCUCCAAGCUGCUGGGCACACUGCGUCCACCAGGUUUAAUUGGUGGCUCCAAACCGAAGGUGGCCACGCCAACAGUUGUCUCCAAGAUCGAGCAAUACAAACGCGAGAAUCCAACGAUAUUCGCGUGGGAAAUACGCGAGAGACUGAUUACCGAAGGUGUCUGCACGAAUGCCACGGCUCCUUCGGUGAGCAGCAUCAAUCGCAUAUUGAGAAAUCGCGCUGCUGAGCGAGCGGCUGCAGAGUUUGCCCGAGCUGCAACCUAUGGUUAUGCAUUGCAUCCCACGCACCCGCAUCCACACACACAUCCAUAUACGAGCUUUCCCACCUGGCCAGCAACUUUGCCGGGUCAUCAUCCGCUCUGGAGUGCGGUGCCCUUGCCUGGCAGCGGCGCCUUACCCGGGAGCAGCUACAGCAACUCCGAUGGCAGUUCCAAUCCGACCACAAAUAAUCACAGCUCAAGUGCCAGCUUGUCGCUGCCAGCGCUCUCCCCAGGAUCAGGCAGCAGGGACAGUCAAUCACCGGAUGUGGAUGCCAAUCGCAUGAUCGAUAUUGAGGGCGAGGACAGCGACUCGGAGGACAGUGAUCAGCCGAAGUUUCGUCGCAAUCGCACAACGUUCAGUCCCGAGCAGCUGGACGAACUGGAGAAGGAGUUCGAGAAGUCGCAUUAUCCCUGCGUGAGCACAAGGGAGAAGCUAGCGUCGCGUACUACGCUGAGCGAAGCGAGAGUUCAGGUUUGGUUUUCCAACAGACGUGCGAAAUGGCGUCGCCAUCAACGGGUCAAUCUGCUGAAGCAACGCGAUUCGGCCUCAAUCUCGGGUUCCACCUCCCCGACGCCACCCGCCGCUGCAGUGAGGGAGGAGCUCAGCCCAUCGACAGUCAGCUACCCCUAUGCACCCCAAGCCGUCGGCUACGAGGCAGCAGGGAGCAACAACAGCAUCCGGAGAAGCCCUACGGACCGCGACCCCGAAGCGGGGAUAGCAAUAGCUCCGGCUCCGGUUCCGGCGUCAGCUCCACCACCGCUGCCGCCUGCCUCACACACAGCAUCAGUUCCAUUAUUAAUGGGCGGUGAGCAUAGCGCCUUUCAUGCCGCUGUUGGACCGGCAGGAGUUCCCGGCUCCGCCUCCUCCGCCGCCGCCUUUGCUCUCAAUUUUGCGCGUCAAUACAUCUGGCGUCACAUGGCGCCCCCAACGAAUGUGGAACGUGCUCAGUCCGAGCACGAGGAGGAUGAGAUCAAUGUGGAUGCUGAGACGGAAACCGAAUCGGAGGCUAACUAAUUAUAACGAAGAACGACGACAUGAAGAAGUAGGCAGUGCAAUCAAGAUCGAGCAUCCGCAUCCUCAAGAAGUUGAGCUGUCUGUUCCAAUUUUCCUAAAGCAAUUUUUAGUGCAAUUUACAAAAGUAAUUUAU